ACCGCCACCCGGCGUGUAAAUGGAUCUAAACUCUUUGAACGUACAAUAGUGGUUGUGAAGCAGAAAGUCAGUUUAUUGUACACAAUCGCUUGCCGUUGGCUGGAAACUGUACGUUUAUGUCACUGGAAUGCACUAAUCACCCAAAAAAAUAUUACCGCCACCCGGCGUGUAAAUGGAUCUAACUCUUUGAACGUACAAUACUGUGGCCCUAAGUAACGAUUCUGUGUCCCUGAGUAACGAUUCUGUGUCCCUGAGUAAUGAUUCUGUGUCCCUGAGUAACGAUUCUGUGGCCCUAAAAUCUCUGUGGCCCUAACUCUGUCCCUUAAUACACACAGGUCUGUCUCUCUUGAAUGAC